AUGGCCACCACUAUCUCGCACGAUCUUGCCUGGGAGGUUACCAAGGGACGCAGCUCCACGCUCGUCAAGAGGGCGAACGGUAUCCAGUUCUCGCGCGAUCCUCUUAACCUGAGGAACGUGUACAGCCGCAAGAACGAGGGCUCCAUUGCCAACAAGGCUAUCGGUGUUAUCCCCGGCCCCGAGGGUGGUGUCACUCUUCUCAUCAAGAAGGCCGACAAGCACCACCAGCCCGCAUCUGCCAUCCAGACCACCACCUUCGGCCCCAGCAGGUCCACCCGCAAGACAUACUCCGCCAUCGUCAACUCCACCACCAAGCGCAACUACCGCCCCGACCUCCGCCAGGACGCCGUUGCUAAGGCCUCCGCCAUCCGCAAGAGCCAGAAGCCCGUCAAGGAGUCCAAGCCCACCAAGGCCAGGGGUGCCAAGGCUCAGGCCGCUGCCACCGAGGCAUAG